CCCCCAUAAAGAAAGCGUAAAAAGCAACGGAGCUGCGUUUGCUCGUAGUUGCGUGCUAUGAUGUCGAAGUAGGGUUCACCCUACGGACAUCGGGCGGAUUUCUCCAUUUUUGACUACGAAUGAGUAAUUUGUACAUCAACACCUAAAGCUAAAAGAUCAUCAUUUUUUACAAAACGCGUACUAGUAUUAAAUCACCGAACAACUACCACUGAUAUAUUCCAAAGUCUAAACAUCCUCAUCUUCACAUCAUUCACCAAUUCUAUCUAUAGUUAGUACCUCCUAACAUCAAUCCCACGUAAAGAAGAUCAACAAGAUGAACGACCUUCCGACAGACGGUGAAUUUCUUGCGAGACCUCCCAGUGGGUUUGGGCCUUCACCACUUGUCGGUAUUGGGCAGCAACCAACCACACCCACUCCCACGCCUACAACCCCUUCUCCAUUCUAUUUGUUCACCUACCUCGCUUGGUGUCACGUGGCUUUUUACGCUCUUCACGCCUUGUUGUUGGUUUUGGCCACGUUUUGGGUGUACUGCCUUCGGGGUAAAGAAGCCUGUGUGGCUCGUUUUUGUCAGGAUUCAACUAGUAUUGGAGUCGGUGGUGAAGAGGAUGAUGAUACUCGUCCAAACCUAAGCAGGACAACAAGGGUUCUUUUUCAGUGUGGCUAUCGUCGUCAUUGGUUCGGCACCUGUCUCUACCUUUUCGCCGUUUUUCUCUUGUUCGCUUUACAAGCAGCGAUUUGGCUCCUCAUCAUCGCAUUGUACCGACCAACGCUGUGUCAGUGGUUGACGAAACACCUGCUCGAUUUGGAUUUCGUGCUGCAUAAUGCCACCCAUGGACGACAGUUUGCGAAUCUGGGUAUGAACCUGAUCCUGUUUUCUGUUUGGAGUAUGGCGGUUAGUUGGAUCUUUUGCCGUAAGAACCUGCAUAUCUGGGAAUUUUGCCUGUGUCCGUGCCCGCUUUCGGAGUGCACGAUAGUGGUGAUUAUCAGGAAGCACCAGGACUGUGAAGAUACGACCACCAAUAUUACAUCAAGAACAAGAUCAAGAGAAAGAACUGGCACUUCUGGGACCACACGCGGCUUCGGACUGCUGUUAUUCGAUCGACAAGCACAGCUGCUGAAUCUAUUGGAUGUGGUCAGGACUGAAGUGGAAGCAUUUGAGCAGCGGAGUAGUCCAAAAGAAGGGUCUGCUGCAGGUUUUUUGUCGAUUCGGCAUGUCGAUCACCAUUUAAUGCGGUACGUCUUUUGUCCAGACCGUGAAGAAUUUAGGCAGAUUGCAAACCCCUUCGCGGAAUCGUUUACUCCAACAGAUGUGGUGGAAUUUUUCAGGGGAGGAGCGUCGAAGGAAGGGUCGUUGCAAGAAGGGAUAUUCACACCAUUUACUAGCAGGAGUGGUACAACUGUUCGAGCUUCAUUUGGCUCAACCUCAUCUUCCUAUCAAGACGAGGCCUCACGUGCUAUGCGCCUCGUUCUCCUCGGUGACAACGCCUUGCAUAUUCCUGUGCCUCCGCUCAUUUCCUUCUUAAAGACUGAGUUUUUGCGGAUGCGCUACGUAGUUCAGUAUCACAGCCUGAUUUGGACCUUCUUUUGUCACUACAUCGUAAUGCUGUGGCAGCUGCUACUGACUUUCGUUUGCGGAAUCGCAAAUGCUAUUGGUGCAAGGAGACGUGCCAUUGAAACGGCGAAGAUGUGUGGGACAGGUGUUGGAAUGGGGAUAGAGGAUGUUUCGAUUUUGGAAAGGGAGACCAAUACCAAAGAUGCGCCAUCGACUCUACUUCAUCGUCAUCAACGCAAGAAGAUUCCACUCAGCCACCUCCUACCAGGCGAUGUCCUUGUUCUCCAUCCCGACACAGUGAUGCCAUGCGACUGUGUCCUCGUUCAAGGUCGAGCUGUCAUGAACGAAAGCUGCCUGACAGGGGAGCCAGCGCCAGUCCAGAAAUUCCCUGUUCUUGCCAGUGAGAACGACAAACUUCUACGGCCUGCAGCUCAACAGUGUGACGGACCGGAUGCUAGUGCAAAUCGUGGACAGGAAGAGCAGGCAGAGGCUGAAGGAGAGCCCAACAUGUUGUAUUUCGUAGAACAACUUAAACUAGUUAUACGUAUCAUUUUAUUCGCUAUCACAAGUUGGUGCGUUAGCAGAAGUCCUGCGAACAAGGUCGUGACCAGGGUCUUUUUACUAUUAUCGUUCCAAAAUGACUACUUUUUUCUUGCCAAAUACUUGCUGAGGUACACUAUUACAACAAGAACAAGUGCACUUAUCUCACGCUUAACCGCCCGUUAUUACAUACAAAAAUUGCAAUGGGGCCACUCCUAGAGUAAGCAUCGUAAGACGCAUCCUAGUAGUAAAAAGCAUCGUAAAAAAUCAUGUUGAAAAAAGUACUAUCCUAUUAGUGCCGUUGUUAGUCCUCAAGAGGAUUCGUAUCCGUCGCUGCGUGCCUAUUUAGUAUUCGGUGGGUAGAAGUUGUAACCACACAGCAGGCGUACAGCUCUCAGUCGUUCUUUUGAUAAGCUCGCACUUUUUAGACAAGGUCGUGGAUGGAUGAAGAUUGAAGAUGUUCGCGUGAUGAUCUUCAUGAAGUCAAAAGGUCCAUUCCAUGCAUGAUCGGCGGCAGUGCAU